AUGGGAAUUACUAAUGAUCUUUGUCAAGCUUUGCAACAACAAUCUCAAGAUCUUUUAAAUGCCAUGCAUUUAAUUUCAACUACAAAAUCACUUAUUCAAAAGUUGAGAGAUGAUGGAUGGGAGCCUUUACUUGCUAGUGUUAUAUCAUUUUGUGAGCAAUAUGAAAUUGAUAUUCCUGAUAUGAAUGCUCAUUACACUAAAGGUCGAGGUAGAUAUUGUCGUCAAGAUGACGAUUUAACAAUGGAACAUCAUUUUAGAAUUGGCAUAUUUACAGUUACAAUAGACUUUCAAUUGCAAGAAUUGAAAAGUAGAUUUUGUGAGCUAACAACGGAACUUGUCAUUCUUAGUUCAGUUUUAAAUCCCAAGGAUGCUUUUAGAUUAUUCAAGAUUGUUGAUAUAUGCAAUUUGGUUAAGAAAUAUUAUCCUCAAGAUUUCACUGAACAUGAACAAGAACUUUUGGAGUCUCAAUUGCGACAUUAUGAGCUUGAUGUGAUAAAACAUCCAGAUUUUCAGAAUAUGAGUACAAUUUCCGAGCUAUGUAGGGGAUUAAAAAUUUCAGGAAAGUCUAAAAUAUAUUUUUUGAUUGAUAGACUUAUUCGUCUUGUGUUGACCCUUCCAGUUUCUACAGCAACUACAGAACGAGUUUUCUCAGCUAUGAAGUUGUUAAAAACAAGACUUCGCAAUAGAAUGGAGGAUGAGCUUUUGGCAGAUAAUAUGAUAGUUUAUAUAGAGAAGGAAAUUGCAGGGAAUUUCACUAUAGAGAUGAUAAUGGAUGAAUUUUAUUCCAUGAAAAAUCGUCGUCAGGCAUGA